AUGGAUGCUUGCGCAACCGCCUCCUCCCCACCCAAAGCGAAACCUUUGAUCAUAGUCGAACCAAACCCUAGGCUCCACGGAACUUCGAUCUACGCUGAUGCAGCGUGGAAUCAAUCCUCUGGACAUGCAGGCCUUGGUUGGAUCAUUGAUGAUCGGGUAUCGCCUCGCCUCUUCACAGCGACUUCACUCUUUGUAGCGUCGCCUCUUGUAGCGGAAUCCUUGGCAGUUCUCUCAGCCAUAACCUCUGCUCUCGCCCUAAGCCUUGACUCCAUCACGAUCUUCUGUGAUUCUCAAGUCCUGAUCAACACCAUAAACAAGAAAGAGAUGAAGCUGGAGAUUUUCAACGCGUUAAGGGACAUUUACUCUCUAUCUGCCUCUUUUAAUUUCAUUGAUUUCAAGUUCAUUCCUAGAUCGUCAAACAACUCUGCAGAUUUAUUGGCAAAACAAGCCCUAUGGGCUUUGAGCCCACCUUAG